AUGGCAGCCUUUCCUGUCUCAUCAAUAAGAAAUUUCUUUGGCGAUGGCGGAAGCCACCGCCUCUUAAAAGUGGUAGUCUGGACUUGUCUACGAACAGGAUAUUACAAGACCGCAUCGGAGCAACUUCUGGCGCCCUCCUGGGUCCCUGCCAAGCAAAGACUCGUCAGCUGGUGGUCGCUUGCGAUCGCCCAGCUUCGACAAUUCCUGCGCAAUGGAGGGCUGAAGCAGAUUGUGCACAUCACCAGUUUUGCGGUCCAGAAUGAGGCUUUUGCGGCGACUAUUCACGUUGCCAUGACGCAGUCGAUUAACGGGCUAGACCCACUCUCUCGCCAAGCUUGA